AUGGGUCAACUGGACUCGUUCCCUCGAGAACUUCUAUAUUUGACUCUCGAGUACUGCAACCUUGAGGAUUGCAAGAACCUGCGGGCGACAUGCAAGUAUAUCAGUGGCCUUACCAAUGAGCGAGUCUUUGAGACAUAUCACAUCGCCUUCUUUCGGUCGCAUCUGGAGAGAUUCGUUGAACUAUCUUCAAACCCAGUCAUUGCGAGAUGUAUCAAACGUCUUGUCUUUGUGGGUGAUAUACUACCAAAUAUCGAAGACGUCGAUGAGUUCAAGAAGUUGAUCGAUAUGCGCGAGCCCUGGUCCACCUUCUCUAAGAGGUACAUUGAGGACCGGAUUACCAUGGACCCGACGCGUAUGGAAACUCGCUCAUCCUCGGACGAAGAGUACGACUACCGCAUACGAGUGCUGGCGGAAAGACAAGACCUUCGUCUUGCAGCGUUGAAGGAAUACAACAGCAUACACAAGCACACUUUAAAUCACGAUCGGUUGAGCUACCACUUCGAUCAGUACGCAAGAUAUCGUCAUGAACAAGAGAACUGGGGUUCUGACGAUUCCUUCCGUGAGGCGCUAUCACGCCUGCCAAAUUUGACUGUUGCGGAGAACACAAAACAUGGCUUUGCUGACAACCAUCUCCGGUUUCCAUGGAACCGGAUGAAGAAGGAUAUCCUCCUUACGCCAGACCAAUGGAUGCAUCUGAGUGCUGUCGAAGUUGACGACGAGGAGGGACAUCGUGUUGUAGAUCUGGAAAGAGGUCCUAUCUACAUGAAGCAUGUGGACUGUCUUCUGGCUGGGAUCGGACGUCGCGCAGCCUCCCCUCAUGUAUCACCGAUCCGGACUCUGCGUCUUGUCAAUAUCGGUGGACAACCACUCCUCGACAUGAGCGCGCAGUAUACUCUGCCAGGGACCCCUGACUCCGAACAGAGCGCACCUCACAUGCGAGACGAGCUGCCUCAAGAGACCAUCUCUAACAAGUUACAAGGUUUGUCGCACUUGGAAAGACUAGAGCUGGACACGAAAUUCGAGACUGCGACCCCUUGGCAAACAAAGCAGCUCUUUCAGGAGAUCCAUGCUAUCUUGUCAGCAGCAGCGCAUUCUUUGAAGACCUUGAGACUUGAAUGUCGUGAUGAUGACUACGCCUGGGCUGUCGUUGAAGAGCCCACAGAAGACGACACAAUCGCUCAUCUCAAGAUUCCUAUACUGCCGCAAUUGGAAUCCCUACGGAUAAGUGUCAAUGCAACUGACGAAAGCCUGGUCGAGCUCCUACGCGCGCAAUCAAAGACACUGCACUGUCUCGAGAUUGUGGACUGCAACUUGGUUGUGGGCACAUGGAAUUCCGUCCUUCGCCAAAUUCCAGAGAUAUUCGACACUGGCUUACAACGUAUCUACUUGGAAGGACUGCACGACGAGGAUUAUUCACUGGAGUCUGGCGACGAAGCCUUAUUUGAAGACGGCUUGGAUGUUGGAGAAGGCGCACAUCCACACGAUCGCGCGAUCCUCAAAUAUCUGCUCCACGGUGGAGAGAUGCCCGAGUUGGAUUUCAAUACUUGGUAUGAGCGCAAUCGCGAACUUGCUGACAGAGGAAUCACCGAGUGGGAAGAUGAGCUCCUCGAUUCAGAAGUGCCGUAG